AUGGAUCCGUACACUCCACGAACGCGUCCAGGAGGUCGCAAGAAGAACCUUGGUUUAUCUGCAAAAGAGUACAGCAAGAUCACAGGCACUAUCGCUUCUGUUCGCAGAAACAGACAGCAGCUGAGCGAUGAUAUCUACGAAGAUGCAAAUGUUCGCGUGUACUCAUCACAAGAGAGCCGUGGCAACAGCCACGAGCCGUCGUUUAUCGCUGAGACUUCGUUCGUGCGCGCACCAUUGAACUCGCGAGUUGGCGCGUCUGCUUCGAUACCUAAGACGAAGGGAAAGGCAAAGGAAGAUGUGUUAGACAAUCUUCCUGUGGAUAUACAAGAAGCUUUGAUUUUGGAAGAUCUGCUCUAUGUUUUGAUGGGCAUUGAAGGAACAUAUAUUUCCCACCAUCCUGAAUACUCGCCAGAAGAUGACGACCCACUAAAGGGAAUACGUUUUGUUGUAUCCUCUCCCCUAGAUUCGUCCCUUCGAGACCUAACGGAACGGAUAGUGCCCCUCGGCACUUACUACACCGCUAUCUCAUCUUUUGUAGAGAGCCGCAGCCACCUCGAUUUUGGGCUUGUCAAUCAUGCACUCUGUGCUGCCAUCCGGGACAUGCUCAAGGACUACCAAACUCUCCUCUCUCAACUCGAGCAUGCAUUCAACACCUCACCGCAAUUCAGUCUACAGAAAUUAUGGUUCUAUGUUCACCCAACAGUACAUACUCUAUCUCUUAUUUAUCAGCUCAUCCUCGAACUGGCUACCACGGAUGACGACGACGCCUCUUCUUCCUCAUCUUCUUCUGAGUCUGAUCCAGAGCAGGCGGCGCGAGAUGAAGCACUUGGGCUCGGUGGGGCGAAGCUGAAGGCCGUUUUGUCUGACAUGAAAAAGAGCACAUCAGAUGCACCUAUUAAUGUGAAGGGUGGUGAAGUGCUGACGGUGAUAUACGAGCGAAUGCAGACCAUGUCAGGCGACCCUACCGCGGUCAAGGUAUACGGGACUCUCCUGACUGCAGCGGGGGUGCCCUAUGUCGAGAUGCUCCGAGUAUGGACAACUACGGGUCGUCUCGAAGACCCAUACGAGGAGCUGUGUGUCAAGGAGAGCAAGUUCAUCAGUAAGGGCAUUUUGGAAGUAGAUUACACGGACGAGUAUUGGGAAAGGCGAUAUACGCUUCGUGAUGGCUCCACCCUUUCUUCGAAGCGCCAACAUACAGGUGUUCCUCCGCCACGUACUGCUGGAGGUCGAUUACCCGGUGGCGCUUGUAUACCGCCCCUUCUGGAGGGUUGGAAACACAAGUUUUUACUUGCAGGGAAAUAUCUUAACGUGAUACGUGAAUGUGGAAUCGAGGUGCAAGCCGAUCAGAAGAAUUUAACGAAAAAUUCCCUAUCCAUGGAAGAUGAAAAGCUUUACAAAUUCAUCGAAGACGCGUAUACACAUGCGAAUCGCACACUCUUACGCCUCCUGCUGCAAGACCAACAGCUCAUACCUCGGCUCCGCUCUCUCAAGCGUUAUUUCUUCCUGGCCUCCUCGUCCUUCCUCACUCACCUCUUAGACCUUGCCCAUACAGAGCUGAAGAAGCCCGCGAAAGGGGUCAGUAUCGUCAAGCUACAGAGUCUGCUCGACCUUGCACUUACAGGGGAAGAUGCCGCGUUCCGCGAAGAUGUGCGAGUCAGCAUCGCGAGCAGCGGAUUGUAUGAAUGGCUACUCAAGGUAAUCAGUGUAAGCGGCGUGAUCGGCGGCGAGGAAGGCGAGGGCGUGCCAGAUGAAGAGGCAAAGAAGGAUCGCGACCGGGAGAAGGAUGACAAGAAGCCCAUGUUAGCGAUCGAUGCCCUUACACUCGACUACAACGUGAAAUUCCCGCUUUCGCUCGUCAUCUCUCGCAAAACGAUUUUGCGUUAUCAGCUCCUCUUCCGUUUUCUCUUGCAUCUCAAGCAUGUAGAACAGUCGCUCGCAUCGAUGUGGAUAGAACAGAAGACAACUCCCUGGCGGCGUCCUGUGCCGAACCACCCCGAGUUCGAGCAGUGGCGACUGCGAGUUGCGCUCCUGAGAGCUCGUAUGCUCGCUUUCGUUCAGCAAAUACUGGCUUUCACGACAUUCGAGGUUCUUGAACCUAACUGGCGGGCGCUAGAGGCGAAAUUGGCCAAGGUAACCACUGUAGACCAGCUUCUGAGAGAUCACGUAGACUUUCUGGACACUUGCUUGAAAGAAUGCAUGUUGACGAGUGCCAAACUGCUGAGGGCUUACUCCCGCAUGAUAGUGACGUGCUCUACAUUCGCACUGUACACCUCUUCCUUCACCAAGUCCGCCAAUCAAGCGCUCGCAGCAGCAGAGAGCGGUGACGGCGACCAGGCGAUGAAUAAACGCUGGGAAUUCCUGAAGAAGUUUGAGUCUAACUUUAAUCACUGGUUUAAGUUCCAUCUAGACUGCGUGCAGUACUACGCGUCGAGUGAGAAUGUGUCGCUGCUUCCUCUUGUGGUGCGGCUGAGUAGCAUCAAGACAAUGUCAUAG